AUGAAGCACUCCACUGCCACUGUUCUUGUUCUCUCUCAGGGCAUUGUCGUCGCACCCUCUCUUUUGAGCAAGCUCAGCCACCAGAAUACCAAAUCUGUCCGUCAUGCUAUCGCAGUCUCUAUGAAGACCGAGCAGCAUCAUGUUGCUCAUUAUGAUGCCUGCUGGUUAUUGUGCGCCAGGGAGGAGAUUUAG